UCUUUACAGCCGCAGUCAGAUGUUGAGCGUGAAGAGAUCAGAUCGGGUCUAAACAAAGGUCCCUUGGGAAUCACUGAGUGAAACGAACACUGAACACAUUGGCAAUCUGAGCACAUCAACUUGAAGAUCACCUGAGAUCACCUAUUGCUCCAGUGACAAGUGUUUGCUGAAGAUGCAUCUGGGUCAGCAAGGCCCUCUGAUGGAUGGGCUCUCCUUAAAAGAGCUGGGGGACAGUGUGCUGGUGGAGAUCGAGCCCCGGAGGAAAGGCCUGCCCUUUCUCAAACAUGUGGAGUAUCGCAUUGUUAGCAAGUGUUUCCAGAUCCCGGUUCAGCGCAGGUACAGUGAUUUCGAGGUGUUUCACGGUUUGCUCCUGCAAAAGUUCAUCUACAGGAUGGUCCCACCUCUGCCGCCAAAGCGCAUCCUUAAAGGCGUUUUGAACUCACUAUCAGACAGAGAGUUUAAUGACAGUCGCCGUCGUGGUUUACAGAGGUUCAUGACCCUGGUGAUUAGACAUCCAGUCCUGGCCGGAGAUCAGCUGGUCAACAUUUUUCUGUCAGCCAGCAGUGCAGAUGUCCAAAACAAACUGCGUGAUUCAUAUAAAAAGACAGGUGAUGAGUUUCUCAUCUCCCAGAUUGCUUUGCAUGGCAAGGUGUACCUGCCCGAGGACAUCCAGAGCCAGGCGGCCGCCAACCGAGAGGUGAUCGCCAGCAUCCACAGCAGCUUCUACAAGCUCAGAGAUGUGGCGGAGCGGAUGGCGCAGCGCUCGCGGGAGAACUCCACAGACCUGCUCAUGUUUGGGAAAGACCUGAGUGAACUGGGUUCAGACACAUCAGACCUGCCAGAGGACGCAAUAGUGAGCAAAGCCUGGAAAACACAGAGGAAGUCACUAGUAGAGCUGUCAGGAGAGUUUGGUCUUCUCGCAGACAAAGCUGCACACCAGGGCACCAGAGAAGAGGAUGAAGUGGUGGAGAAACUCAACCUUCUUCUUGAACAGCUGCAGUCAUAUAAAGACUUGUGUGAUCGACAUGAUAGCGGUGUGUUAUUAGAGCAUCAGAGAGCGUUUGAAAAGCGCAGCGGGCCUGUGGGUACACAUUUAAAGUACCAGAACAGCAUUGAGCAGCCAGAGUCUCGACUCUCACAGCAGGAAAACACAAUUAUCACCAUGGAGAUGAGGAGCUAUUUCUCCCUUUUGUGUCUGCAUCAAGAAACCCAGCUGGUCUUCACUAAUCUGCCCCUCGUAACUUCAAUACUUGGCACAUUUGUCAACUCGCAAAUACAAGGCCACAAAGAGAUGGGUGAUGUGUGGGGUGACCUUCAUCCAAAACUGAAGGAUCUUUUUCAAAGCGCUGAUGAAGCCUCGUCUCGCUCCUCUUCUCAAACAAACUCCUCUGGCGGACAGAAGAGCUGUGCUGUAAAUGGCUCCACAUAACCUGGACAGUAAAUGAGGGAUAAUCCCAGCCUUUUAUCAAGACGUACCCAAGAACUCAGUGUACCGCUUAAUGCCACGUGCUUUUCCUAUCUUGCUGAUAGUACUUUAACUCCUUUCUAUAUGGCUUUUCCAAAAAAUGUAAAUACAGAGAACACAGUGGUCCCAAAACAUACACUCGAACACUCAAAGAGCACCCUUCAAUUUAAUUCCAUGCGAAAUAUCAAAACUUUUUACACAUUAAUUCGGGUUAAUAUUUUAAAAAGCGAUCACAGUCAAGCUGCUGAGCCUUUUAUUUCAGUAUGUUGAUGUUCAUGGACUUUGGGGCGGCAUGGUCGCUCAGUGGAUAGCACUGUUGCCUCACAGCAUGAAGGUCGCUGGUUCGAUUCCCGAUUGGACCAGUUGGCAUUUCUGAGGAGUUUACCAUGUUCCUCCGUAGGUUUCCUCCGGGUGCUCUGGUUUCCCCCACAGUUCAAAGACAUGCGCUAUAGGUGAAUUGGGUAAAUGAAAUCGGCUGUAGUGUAGUACUGGAAUAGUUGGCGGUUCAUUCCCCUGUGGCGAUCCCUGAUAAAUAACGGACUAAGCUAAAGGAAAAUGAAUGAAUGAACAUGGACUUUCAUGAACGUUUAAUUUUAAAGUGUUCAAAUAUAUUUUGAGGCCACUAAAUUUUAAGAUAACACAGAAAAUAUUUAUUUUUAACAUUUCCGGAGGAAAAAACACCAUUUGAGUCCAACACAGUGUCUUUGUUUUUAACUUUUUCAUUUAAUUCCUUCUUGUUUACCUUUUCUUUUACUAUACAUGUUAUGAAUUCAAAUAAAUGAUCCCAGAUCUUCCACAA